AUGUCUAGUGCCGGAAUCAGCUCCGUUCACAAUUUUACCACUGCGAUAAGGGGACUCCUGGCCAAAGCGCAGAAAGUCAAGCCUGACGGAGGUGUUGAGCCAGCAUUAACGACUCAGGAACUCGAAGGUGGUGUUGACAAAAUCGGCAAACACAAUGGAGCAACCAAUAAGGAUUAUGCAGCCAUAGAGACUGCAUGUCGUAACAUCUUCUACGCUUUACUGGCAUCGACAUCAAUUGAGGGACCUCCGUUUGGUGAAGUGUGGAAUCUUCUGGAUAUCAUCUCCAUCCUCUCCGAUCUAGAGAUCUGUGAACCCAGCUUGCUCUUCUGGCUCGUCGAAGAGCUGCUCGACACACAGACCAUCGAUGGUUGCAGGAUCGUCUUCGACUACCUUGAUUCUCGACGAGAACGAAUCACUGCGAAACACUUCAAGGCGAAGAACCUCAUCAUACUACGCGCGUGCAACGAGCUAUUACGUCGACUUUCACGAGCUGAGGACACGGUGUUCUGCGGAAGAGUGUUCAUAUUUCUUUUUCAAAGCUUCCCGCUAGGAGACAGGAGCUCGGUCAAUCUGAGGGGAGAAUACCACGUCGAGAAUAUUACGGUUUUUGAAAAUUUUCCGCCAAAGGCCGAGUUGAAUCUUGACGAUGGCAUGGAGGUUGAUCAGAACGAGGAAAGAACAGAAACGGAAAAAAUUGCAGGCAAGACUGAGGCUGCAAUGGAGCAGGCUAAGGCUGCUCUAGAGCACCCAGCAAAUUCAUCGAAAGCCGUCAAAUCCGAUGCAGAGGACGAGGAAGCAAGAGAAAAGCCGGCGGACAUGGACACGCUAUACCCUAUAUUCUGGUCUUUGCAGGAGAAUUUUUCAACUCCAACGAGACUGUUCGAUGAUAUCAACCUUGAGAACUUUCGAAAGGGAUUGUCAAUCACGCUGGUCAAAUUUCAAGAAGUGCAGCAGGAUCUCCAGGCAAGAGGCAUAUCAAAGCUCCACGAUGAUGGCAAGCGGGGCGUGAAGAGAAAACGCAACGGCCAGGAAGACGAAUUGUCAAGUAGCUUCAAUCCUAAGUACUUGACCAGUCGAGACCUGUUCGACCUAGAGAUCAGCGAUCUUGCUUUCCGGCGCCAUGUCCUUGUCCAGGCUUUGAUUCUGAUCGACUUCCUCCUUUCGCUUACCACAAAAGCCAAGAGGAAGCUCGAACACACAUCCAACAAAUCGGUACUCUAUACGUACGCCUUGAGCGAAGAUAACGCAAAAUGGGCGACAGGCAUGAGAAGCGAGAUAGCUACCUAUUUACAACAAGGCCCAGAAGGCAAAUUUUACUAUCGCAUGGUGGAUACUGUCUUGUCAAGAGACAAGAAUUGGGUGCACUGGAAAGCGGAGGGUUGCCCGCCCAUACAGCGUGAUCCAGUUUCUGCUGAAGAGUUCUCGGAGGCGGAAAAAGGUACGCAGAAAGCAUGUGCCAAUAAGAGGCUCAGAGCGACUCCCAUGGGAUCACUAGACCUCAAGUUUCUUUUGGACGGAGGCGACACCGAUGGCAUGGAGAAGCUGAAGGACCCGGAAAGGUACACAUUACCCACAGCAGAGUCGUUCAGAGGGCCAAUUGCGGAAGACGACUUUGACAUCGAGAUGGCGAAAACAGGUGAAGAGAAGCAGCAGGCAACAGAUGCAAGGGCAAGCAAGCUGUGGAGGACGCUCCGCAUCGCAUCGAAGAGCAGACUCAACCUUUUCGACAGAAUAGAUGACGGUAAUAAUCUUCAAGCUCUUUUCCAGCCAGAAGAGGAAGAGAGCAAGGAGCAGACGGAGGUCGAUGGGACAGAGCAGACUUCUGAUCAGCCUACCAAGGAAUCUAUAUCGAAUGGCACAGAGCAGAAGAUGGUGGACGAGAAUGGAGUGGAGGCGCCGUUGGAGAUGACAGCCAAAUAG